GUGCUGAGAGGAGGCGUGAGGAACCGGCCCUCCUCUUGAAGAAGUCCCCUCAGAUCCCCUCGCGCGGGGACCGUUUGGACGUAACUGCCUCUUGUCUCGGCGCCCGUCCACCCAGCUGGGCUUCACUCCGCCACAGCCACCACAUUCCGCACCGAACUCCCGCCCCGCUGCUGCUCGGCUUGGACCCCGCCGCCUCACAGCCACCCCCGCCGGCUCUGCCCGCUCCGCACCUCACACACGGCCCGCCGGCGGCCGCCGCCAUCUUCGCGCGCGCGCGCGCGCGCCCCAACCCCGCCUCCAGACGCCGCGCCCACGUGAUCGCUCGCCUCCAGGCUGGGUGCGAGGGGAGGGGCGUUUGUCACGUGAAGGCGGCACGGGGCGGAACCAAGAUGGUGAUACCCGGGGCGGUAAGGAACCUGUGAUGAGCUUAGCAGAGGCUUUGAGGAAGGCGGCAGAGUGGCUACUUUUACGCCUCAGGUUGAAGGCGGUGAAGGGUGACUGGACACCAGCUAGCUCCCAGGCCGCAGAGAGUGACCUGCAGUGGAGCUUCCCUCCUCGCAGCUGGUGAACGGAGGAAGAAGGUUGCUUGCUGGGUGAAGUUGCCUCCCUCUACCCGGCGGGGCAGAGGGGCCCGGAGUGCAAGGCGUCCCUAGUCACCUCGGCUUCCCUGGGGCUCCAGGUCUACAAAAAUGACCCGAGAUGGCGCUCCCCCGACUCCGGACGCCGGGACUCCGCUGAGCGGGUCGGUACUGGCCGAGGCGGCAGUGGUGUUCGCCAUGGUGCUGAGCAUUCAUGCGGCCGUGUGGGACCGCUACUCGUGGUGUGCCGUGGCCCUCGCAGUGCAGGCCUUCUACGUCCAGUACAAGUGGGACCGGCUGCUACAGCAGGGAAGCGCCGUCUUCCAGUUCCGAAUGUCUGCCAACAGUGGCCUACUGCCAGCCUCCAUGGUGAUGCCUUUGCUUGGACUGGUCAUGAAGGAGCGCUGCCAGGCUGCAGGGAACCCAUACUUCGAGCGCUUUGGCAUUGUGGUGGCAACCACUGGCAUGGCUGUGGCCCUUUUCUCCUCGGUGUUGGCGCUGGGCAUCACUCGACCUGUGCCCACCAACACUUGUGUCAUCUCAGGCUUGGCUGGAGGUGUCAUCAUUUAUAUCAUGAGGCACUCCCUGAGUGUGGGUGAGGUAAUUGAGGUCCUGGAGGUCCUACUGAUCUUUGUCUACCUCAACAUGAUCCUGCUGUACCUGCUACCCCGCUGCUUCACCCCUGGUGAGGCACUGCUGGUAUUAGGUGGCAUCAGCUUUGUGCUCAACCAGCUCAUCAAGCGCUCUCUUACUGUGGUGGAAAGCCAAGGAGACCCGGUGGACUUCUUCCUGCUGGUGGUGGUGGUAGGGAUGGUGCUCAUGGGCAUCUUCUUCAGCACUCUCUUUGUCUUCAUGGACUCAGGCACCUGGGCCUCCUCCAUCUUCUUUCACCUCAUGACCUGUGUCCUGGGCCUCGGAGUGGUCUUACCCUGGCUACACCGGCUCAUCCGCAGGAACCCCCUGCACUGGCUCCUUCAAUUCCUCUUCCAGACAGAAACACGCAUCUACCUCCUAGUCUACUGGUCUCUGCUGGCCACCUUGGCCUGUCUGGUGGUGCUGUACCAGCAUGCCAAGCGGUCAUCUUCUGAGUCCAAGAAGCACCAGGCUCCCGCCAUCACCCGGAAGUAUUUCCAUUUCAUUGUGGUAGCCACCUAUAUCCCAGGUAUCAUCUUUGACCGGCCACUGCUCUACGUGGCUGCCACUGUAUGCCUGGCAGUCUUCAUCUUCUUGGAGUAUGUGCGCUACUUCCGCAUCAAGCCCCUAGGCCACACUCUGCGAAGCCUCCUUUCCCUCUUCCUAGAUGAACGAGACAGCGGACCACUCAUCCUGACACACAUCUACCUGCUCCUGGGCAUGUCUCUUCCCAUUUGGCUGGUCCCCAGACCCUGUACACAGAAGGGUAGCCUAGGGGGAGCAAGGGCCCUAGUCCCUUAUGCUGGUGUCUUGGCUGUGGGUGUGGGCGAUACUGUGGCCUCUGUCUUUGGCAGCACCAUGGGAGAAAUUCGCUGGCCUGGAACCAAAAAGACUUUCGAGGGAACCAUGACAUCUAUAUUCGCCCAGAUCAUUUCUGUAGCUCUGAUCUUAAUCUUUGAUAGUGGAGUGGACCUAAACUACAGUUAUGCUUGGAUUUUGGGGUCCAUCAGCACUGUGUCCCUUCUAGAAGCAUAUACUACACAGAUAGACAAUCUCCUUUUGCCUCUCUACCUUUUAAUAUUGCUGAUGGCUUAGUUCUUUGCAGCAGCAUUAAUAAAAGAAACAGGGACAUGGGGAGGAUGAAUGGCCCCCACAGCAGCCAGCCUCGUAGGCAAGAAGAGCCAAGGGGUUAAAAGCAGAUUUGAUAUUUCAGUUGAUUCAGAUUUAAAAUAAAAAUCAAAGUUCUCCUGGUUUUAGUUUUGAUGA